CACCGACCCGUCCUCGAGCAGACCUACCUCGAACCGCUCAAUCUCUGCUGCUAGACUUCCACCUGUACCUUGACGCACUUGCUUGGAGCUAGAAAUGACUUGGAGCGCCACCUUAUCACCGAGUCUUACAAGCCUUGUGCUGUGUUGAACCCCACAGCAAGUCCGCGUCCAGCCGCCGCAACCUUAUACCUACCGCACCGUGAACGAGCUCCGGCGCGAUGGCGUACACCACCUUUAAAAGGGAUUUUAAGGCACCUCCGCUGCCGCGUUCGCGCACUCCGGAGCGCAUCACGUCCGCAAUUGAGCCUAUACCGGAGGCCGCACUGGCAAUUGCGGAGUUGUUGAAGCGCGACACUUCCAACCGCCGAACUGCCGCUCGAACGACCCAAAAAGUGAGAGAAAAUAAGAGAAGCACCAAAACUACCACCGCCAGGGUGCACAGGCACACCCAUAGCAAUAGCGCAAGCUUUGUUGUUCCACCGGCGUCGCCCAUUGACACCCUUGCCUCAGUCGCUGCCUUUGAAGCCACGAGCAGAAGCCCGCCUACGACCUUCCACAAUCUAUACCAAUCCCAGUACCCUCUGGAACGCUCUUCGAAGAGGGCCAGAUCAGAAAUUGCACCAUCGCCACAGCAACCCGCGACCUCGCCUCUUUUUAACUCCAGUUCGACCCAUCGGCCGGCGACCUCGUACAACUACAAUGGCUGGAGCUACAACGUGGAGCAAGGAAUCAACAACGGUCAGCGCAUGCGAUCUUACUCUUCUCACGCUCGCACGGGGAGCGUCAAUGGGUUCGCUACCUAUCAAGAAUCGAACGUGGAUGAAGCGGAGCUGCUUCUGAACUUUUCCAGAGGCGGAAGCAUAUCCUCUUCACAUGGUCUGGGUAUAGUUGCUCCCACCGUUGAAAAACAGACAGCGCAGCGAACACCAGCGCUGCCUCCAUUUCCGGUUGCUACCUCUGUCGAACCUGCAAAGGGCCUGACGGAGUCAUCUAGCACUCAAACCCAAGCUAUGCCAUCUAGUCCCACUCUCCAAGCUCCGCCUCACAGUCCAAUAUCUCCUCCUUCAAACUUGAUUCCGCCCCUUGGCCCUUCAAAGGAGGCCACAGAAUUGCCAAUGCCUGAUGAUGGCGGCCGACUUGGGACCAGUCUAACUAGUCUCACCACCGUAGCUGAUAGCAAAGGUGGGGUACCAGGCGACGAUGACAUCAAGUUGGACGGACAAGAAGAAACAAAACCAUUAGCUAGAGAUGACAAAGAGGAUGUGGCCAUAAACCACUCGCUUGCUGUGUUGUCAACUUCCGAGCAGCAAACUAAGUCCAACGAUGCACUUAGUAUUUCUGAUCAUGGCGGUCGGCGAUACUCGGAUUCGCAUCAAGAUCAUCCGUCAAAGAGAGUGCGAUUAGAUCCUGGUGGCCGGUCGUCUUCUGCGCCAUUGGAGUACGCAAUAAGCGAAUCUACUGAUCACAGUACAGCACUGGACGGCCAGAUUAACGUGGAUGACGUUUCAAAACUGCCUGAACAAGGUGUUGUCUGUCCAUCUUGUAACAAUGCGAGAGAUUUCGGGUCAGAGAAGGUGGACUGGCUACAAUGCGAUGGCUGUGAUCAAUGGUAUCAUGUUGCUUGCUCUGGUUUGACUACCAAACAAAGCAAAGCUAUUGACAAGUAUUACUGCCCAACAUGCGAGCCCAAAUUCGGCAAGAGUACAAAGAAACGGACAUCAAGUCGCGUGCGUGCGGCAGUCGAUUAUGCUGGGCUCAACGAAGGUGUGCUCCGCACGCCAAGCGGAAGUAGGGAACACCAUUACAUCGAGUCGUUCAAGAAUGGCACCGUUAAACUUACACCUGAAACUUUCCCACGAAUUCCUGGAAAUUUCAUCACGGCAGAUUACUUUGAGAAGUGCCCCAGUUUCUCAGAGCCUGUCGUGAUCACAAAGAGCCUUAAUCCGCGGCCGCCAUUCCCAGGUACAACGCCACGAGAGGAAAUGAUGGAAGACGAUGAUCGCGUUCUGGUGCCUGAUGAUGGACAAGACGAUAUGGACAUGGUAAUUCCGCAAGGGCUGACCGUGCGACGUGUAUCGGAAUUGUACGGCCCAAAGAACCAGAUUCCUGUCAUCGAUGUGAAGGCGCAGGAGUCUAGCAAAGGAUGGACGGUUGAGAAGUGGGCAGAUUAUUAUGAGAACCCUGGAGACGAGCCAAUACGGAACGUGAUUAGCUUGGAAUGCUCAACAACACCGCUGUGUCGUUUGAUUCGACGACCAAAAGUAGUACGCGAUCUUGAUUUGCAGGACUCUGUCUGGCCAGACACAGAACUUCGAAGAUCCGUCGGAUUUUACGUCCUUAUGUCGGUCGCAGAUUGUUUUACCGAUUUUCAUAUCGACUUUGGCGGCUCUUCGGUUUAUUACCACAUCCUAAAAGGGAAGAAGGUGUUUUUCUUCAUUCCGCCAACUCCAUCAAAUUUGGCGAAAUACCAAGAGUGGAACGACAUGCCAUCACAGACGUGGACGUGGCUACCGGACAUUACGAAGACAAAGGAAUGCUAUCGCGUCGACUUGUAUCCAGGUGACACGAUGUUGAUCCCUGCUGGCUGGAUUCACGCCGUUUGGACCCCCGAUGACAGCUUAGUCAUCGGUGGCAACUUCUUGACACGCUUGCACUACGGCAUGCAAUUUCGCGUCGCGGAAAUCGAAAAAGCUAACAAAACACCGAUCACCUUCCGCUACCCAAAAUUCCAAAAGGUCAUGUGGUAUGCCGUACUUCAAUAUCUUGAGCGCGAUCCGUUGCCCACCAUCGUGCGGGAGACCUUUUUAGAUGGCCGACAGUUCCAUCGUGAGAGAAAGAUAUGGACCGAGUUUGAUAGGUUUGGCGAGAAUUCGCAUCCCGGGCCAGAGAAUUACAAUGCAAGAUACUAUUCACAGGCAGAAAUUGAUGGACUUCCGGAUAUGGUCAACUACAUUUUCCGCACGGUGAUGAUUCACAUGGAUCGGCUCGAGAACAUCAGCGCCAAGGUGCGCAAGGCCGUUACGGACAGCAUACCCAAAACUAGUCGUGAUCCAUUGGACAUAGCGCGCGACUUCGCAAUGUGGGUUGCGUGGAAGCGCGGCGACGAAGACAUCCCAGAGUGGGCGCACCCUGGAGCUGUACUGCCAAACAAGGGUGAAGACGCUUCCGAUAAGAAACUGACUGAUGCUCAACUGAAGAAGCUGCAACGAGCAAGCGCUAUUGUGGUACCGGAAAGGCAGUCUGCCCGCCUUAAAUCGGUCGCGGAGACAGCGAUGGCGCAGCAGGAAUCACUCGCCGCAGCAACGAGCACCACACCUAAAACAUCGUCACUCGGACCGCGACGAACUGCGUGUGACUCGUGUCGUAAACGAAAGAUGAGAUGCAAGCAUGUCGAGAAUGCUCCUGCACAGUCAACGCCGAUCAUAUUCACCAACCCAAUGGAAUCGUCUCCAAAGUCAAAUUUUGUCGGCGUCGUGUUGCCCGAUUCCUCAUCGUCCGCCCAGCUACCCGCUGCAUCGUUUCCGCCGCCGUUCCAAGUCGAUCCCGUUCCACCGAUGGCGAAUGGCUUUAUCAACGACGGUUUCAUGCCGGGUCCAAAACAGGAAAUCUUGGAGCUGAAGAAAGGGAGGACCAAAGCCUGUUAUGACUGUAGGCGGAGCAAGCGCCGAUGUAUUCACGAUGAGUUUGGCAAGAUUGAUCCAAUUAAGCAACGUGAACCAGUCAUCCCUCGCGGAUCGGCGAAGCGCAAAUCCGGGCCAAGCCCGGAAAUGCCUCUCGCGAAGAAGCCAGCGAACGAUCAAAUUGCACCGACAGCACCGAUGCUCGCGGGUCAGUUGAACACUUUUGAAGUGUCACCAUCAGCAAGCACGUCACAUGUAUAUGCUAGUGCCAAGCAAGACGGCAUGUUCCGCAACUCAACCGUCAACGAUUUCUCAUCCAUGACGGGUAUUGUGAAUGUGAAUCCUCUUGCGUCGAGAAACGCUGGCAGAGAUAGAACAACAUCCAAUGCUGCGCAACAGAGUCCAUCCCGCGUGCAGCCCAUUGAAUGGGCAGUUGACCCGGCACUUAUGGAUUCGAGUGUUGGAACGGCACCAUCACAGCAACAAGAAGACUAUGGGUAUGCAGAUGCGCAGGUCGCGCUUAUGGCGUACUAUCAAAGCAAUGGAGGCCCUCCUCCUUCAUCUCAUGAAGCGGCGAACCAGUUCAUGAAUGGGUUUGUGGAUUAUGAAGCUGGACAGCAGCCAAAGAUGGAAGUGGACAUUGAUCCUCUUCUGCAAGAUUCUCUUGCCGCGGUUCAGGCCUACAACAGAGGAGCACAGCCGCCUAAUUCCGAGACUGAUCUGCCAAAGGAAGGUGUUCGUGCUGAGAAGGUAGAUCAUUCACAGCCACGGCUAGGAAAUGGCGAUGCAAACUCUCAAGACAAUGUAGCAGCACAACCGGCUUCGGAUUUGGUUUUGGAUCCAGCUCUUGAUAAUGCCCCACAAUCACAUCAAAGGCAAGCGAGCAGCGUGGUCCUUCCGAGCACGGAAAAGUCGUCAUCCAAGCUACAGGCUUUUGGGGAAGCCAAAGCUGCUGAGUCACCCGAAGAUCCGCCCAGCAGAGAGCGAAGAAAAAGCAGCACAGCUCCUCGAACGCCACUAGUAAAUGGUAGUAAGGGCAAGAGCACAUCGCCAGAAGCACAACGCGCGACGCCUGGGAAGGCGCCGGGCCGGCGAAAGGAGAGUAGCGCUGCAUUGGAAGAAACAGAUAGCGAGACAAAGAAGCUGAUCGAGCAGAUGAGGCAAGAGAAUCUGCAGUCGAAGGGCCUCCGACGGCGGAGCUGAGGGACGGAGGCGAUUCAUGAUUCUUUUUUCGGUAGGAGAGAGGGCGCUGUGCCAUGUUAGGAUUUUUUUUUCUGUUUUCAGACGCGCAUAUGAGGGGAUACGGGAUCAUAUAAAGAGGAUGAGAAUGGGUAGCCAUCGCCCCAGGAGUUUUAUCAUUAUACCCACAUCAAGGACGGAAGGUGGAGUAGCCGCCGUAUCUGAACCGCGCAAAUGGCUUUGCGAGCAAAGGGAUGGAUUGCAAUGUAGCUCAGUCGAGGCAGAGAACAUGAAUGUGUG